UGGCUCUAUUUCUCGGAGUGUGAAACGCUCAGCAAUAUCUUAUGCUACCUUGUUUGCCUUCUCCUCUUUUACUACUUUCUUUCGCUCUCACACUAUUUUUCGCUGCUUUCAACAAUGUCCGUAAUCGCUUUUAAUAUAUUGUGGGUGCUUUGCGUUCUAUUACUGCUAUUAGCACUCUUUCUUGCAGUUAGACGACGACGAAUGGCUGCUCGAAAUGCUGCGAGAGCCAAUGAAGCCUACGCAGCUCGACAACAGCAAGGCAUUGGACCGGGUGUACGUAUCUACAUGCCAUCGUACUACGAAUAUCAGGCAGCACAAGCACAGUAUGGCCAAGGUGCCAGUUCUUCGACAAACCCGGAAAGCGGCUUGAACCCACCCCCUCCGGUGUACAAGCCAGAGGAAGCGCCUCCUUCGUACCAAGAUUAUCGCAAAGAUCCUCGAAUUCAAGGGCUUGCUUCACCUGCUCAACCGCCACCAGCCUCAGAAUCAUCGCCGCCGCCUUUCCCUUCCAUGUCUGAACAGCAACAACAGCAACCGUCGUCAACAGCAACCGAGACGUCGCCAUCGUCACCACCUCCCACUGCCACUACUACUACUACAUCUUCACACCAUCAACAGCAACCGCCAGCGGCGUCCUCGUAAUGAAGAACGAGUGGAAAGGAUAAAGCUUUCUGUGCACGCGAUUUUGUUCCAGCUUACGUACAUCCUGUUGUAUAUUUUCUAUACCCAUGUUUCUCUUCUCUUGUCCCUUUCCAAACAAGCUGUAUUUUCUUUCUUCCUUUCUGUCGUUUCCAUGCGCGCUGGGCUUUCUGUUUCUCUUUUUCGUUUCCGAACGAUGUUUUUUUUAGGAAAGCCAUCGUCACUCCCCCCACCGACAGAGAGUUGCACCCCUUGUUUUUCUUAUUGCACACUGUAGAUACAUUACUACCAUUUAACGUACAUUAUAUAUAUAAAUAUAUUAAAAAUGGACCUUUUAUUACUGCUAUAGAAUGAAUGCAUACUAUCC